UUUUUGACUUUCGGUUGUUUUGAAACGACAAACAUCGUUGUGUAGGGGAGGUCCACCUACAUCACGCAGACUCGUACUCCCGGGAUCUCCGAACUGGCUGAGUCUUUUUGCCCGAAUCUGCGGUGUGCGACUGACCUGAGCAGAGCUGCAGUGAGCGCUAAGUCCAUCCGAAUACCGAUACACAGCGUAGUUGUCUGAAAUAAUUGUAAAGUCGAGAGCUAGCAGACGUCGGGUAGAGCGGAUGAAUCAAAACUUUCGAGAACGCAAUUCAUGAUUGGUGGCUGCACUGCAUGCGUGCAAGGAUUGGUUUGCCAAGGCGAAGCAAGGGUGGUGGCUGUACUGCUUGCGUCCAAGGAUUGGUUUGCCAAGGCGAAGCAAGGGUGGUGGCUGUACUACUUGCGUGCAAGGAUUGGUUUGCCAAGGCGAAGCAAGGGGCAGGGGAGCAGCCUGACCUGCCGUAGGAGUGGAUCGGUUGGUUGUAGAAGAUUGUAACUGAACCGGGCUGGCCUUGACUGUCACCAUUCUCCGCCGUAUGACUAACUUACUGCAGCGAGCUGGGAGCAAUGGCGUCGGAAAUCCGUCUCAUGGAGCCACGCUUGCUCUACAACCUGAUGAAUAGGGUGCAGGGUGCCGAACGUAGACCAGUGUACAUGCAACAUAACUUCCUGGUUAUCCUAGAUGCGAGGGAUAGCAGUGCAAAGUACGAAAAGCAUCACAUCCGUGGAGCAAUCAAACCCAAAAAUGGCAUUGAGGUGCCACAGACUAUCAACGUGGCCAGCAUUCGCUACUGUGUGGUGUACGACAGCGAGUCAACCACCAUCCUUCCUAAUACGGACGCAUACGCCCUUGCCGAGGAGCUGGCCAAGGUCCGCGGUGAUCCUGUGUACAUUCUAAAAGGUGGGAUAGCAAGAUUCUCCAGGGAGUACCUGUACUUGGGUAGUGAAAGUCGAGUACUGUACACACCACGUGAACUGGAGGGUUUGCAGAUGUGGCCCCUGGACAUGUAUGACUAUUUGCUAUUUGCCGGCCUGUACGAUGACCAGUGGUCAAAUGCUGGCUUGGCUAGCGAUAUGUCUCUGCGAGCUGUGCUGCUACUGGAGGAAGAAGACAGCAAGGCAACUGCAAUGGAAUUCACUGGUGCAUCCAAAGAAAAUGUUCUGAAAGUCAAAAUUCCCUCAAAUGAAACAACAUCGCUACUGGGCAAGAUGCAGAGCGUGGUCGAGUUUAUCGACUCCUACGUGAAGCAAAACCUGAGAGUCCUGCUGCUGGCUAGACGGGGUGUUGGCAUGAUCGACAUGGCUGUGUUCGUUAUGGCGUUUCUCAUCUCCAAGGAUUACCGAUUGAAAGAUGCACAUGAGCAUGUGGUUUCAUCUUGCGAUCCAGUGCUUCGUCCCGGUCGCCAGGCACUCGAAGACUUGGCAGCAUUUGCAAGGCAGGUCCCAAAUCACCCAGAGCGGGAUACGGCGGCCGAGUCCGGAGCAGAGCUUGUGCUGCCACUGUAGCUCAGUGCACCUGCAAAGCCCGAGACUGAGAAGAUGACGUUGUGAACUUGAGUGUUGGAGAGAUGAACACCAACGGAACUCACCGUUCUCAACGCAAUGUGAAUGUGUCCUCCGCCUUGCACUGUCAAGCAAGGCUAGCAUAUCGUGCAGGUCUGCUAGUACGGGUACUGAUACUACUACUUGAGCAAUGAAACAAAGAUGACAGUUUGUGAAAACUGAACUGGGCUGUCUUGUAUCAGGUGUACUCUAGUUGUAUCAGGUGUACUCUAGUUGUUGAGUAGAAGUCAUGUACAGGUACAGUACAUGAAACCGACAUGCUUCUCUUCUGCUUAGCAGGGGUUGCAGGGGUUGCAGGGGUUGCAGGAGUUGCCACCUCAGAAGCCGUGUCAUGAUAUUGCUGCAUGUGGUGUUAGGUAUUGCCGAUAAACCCAUCAUUCAAUCACUUUCGUGGAAGGUCCGCUUGAGGCAAGCGUGUGCUGGGCGCAUCUUCAUUAACUUCACCUACAAUCUACUGUAGUUACGUGGGCAUUGCGAUGUUCAGGUACUAGGUAGACAUCACACAUUUCAUUUUUUCUUUAAAGUUGACAAUUGACCAACUACUAGUAGAGCUAAAGGUUACUGCUCAGAUUAACAAUAUGCUGCCCUGGAACACUUGCUGUACUGUGGUUUGCCACCCCUGCAGAAUACCAUGCCUAUCUCAGGUCACUGA